UAGCUUCUAUCCAUCCUUCACCACAUACCUUUCUCAAAGUAACAAUAUCCAAUAGAGGGAUCUAUUUGAAAAAAUGGAUCAAAUGGAGCACCGAAAGCUGCAGAUUUUGAGUCAGUUCAUAGGAUCUCAAUUUCUCAGAAAGUUUACCAAAUUGCUACUCUCUCUUACUUUGUUUUCUUUCUUCUUUUCUCAUUUAUCCAUCAUCUCUAUGCUCUACUCCUUCAACUUCUACUUCCAUACUCUUCCUAUCAAGUUAUUAAGCCACAACAUAGACAAGAACUGCAUAUUCCUCCUCUUGAAUGGCCUCCUUGUUUUCCUUGCAAAAUACUCGAGUUUAACCAGUUCUUCAUCCAAGCAUAAUAUUCCUGAUGAGUAUUUCAAAGGUUAUAAAGAUGUUCAACAGUCUGAGCCAAUACCAGUGCAAUUGUGGGAGAAUGAAGUUGUGGUGGAGGCAGAAAAUGGCAGAAUAAUUGAAGAGGUAGCAGAAAGAGAAACCGAAAAGUUUGUCCUGGAAGAAGAAGAGGAAACAAAAAACCGAGAAGGAGAAAUUGUGAAUUCGAUCAUGGGUGGAGAACAAAAAGAAGAAGAUUAUGAUGAAAAUGGAGAUUUUUGUGAAGAAGACGUGAAAGAGAUUGAUGGUAGCUAUGUCAUACAAGAAGUUGAAGAAGAAGAGGAAGAAGAAGAAGAAGAAGAAGAAGAAAUGGAGGAAGAAAAUGGUUUGCUAAGUACAGAAGAACUAAACAAAAAAUUUGAUGAAUUCAUUAGAAAGAUGAAGGAAGACCUGAGGAUCGAAGCUCAACAGCAAUUGAUCAUGGUUUAAUGGAUCAUCUUGGAAUGAUUCCAAGAGAUACAUCAACAGUUUAUAAGAGCAAAAUUUUCUUCUCUCUUCUUAUGUACCUAGAACUAGUGGCUUAAGCCUCUUGUAAUAUUAUUUGUUUCUGUUUCCCUUCGUUUUUAUUUUCAACUUUAGUUGAUUUUCCCCUACCUUUGAAGGAAGAAAGCUGCAAUUCUGUACUCAAAUCUUCUUGGUCUCUCUUGAUUUUCUCCUGCAUUAGUAGAAAUCUUUAUCUUAAUGGCUUGUUUUAUGUUCAUUAUGAUCUAAAAUUUUUUCAUGUUCUUAUAUAAUUAUAAUAAUCUGGGUAUUGUGAA